AGCAUCGUUUAUUGACAAACACAUAAUGGUUACCACCUCAAUAAUUUACAAUAUUAAUACUACAUUUCUGGUUUUGAUGUAAUUUAUUAUUUCUUUCUGUUGUAAAAUGUAGAUAAUGUAGAAUAUAUUUUUGUCAGUUACUAUUUAAAAAAAAUGCAAGUUGGUGUUUGUUGUAUUUAAUGAUAUUGAUGAAAUAUUGAAAUUAAACAAAUUCUGGUAAAAUACGCGGUAUUUUCUUAAAUUAAAUACGGAACAUAGUAACGUAUGUUACAGUUUAAAUUUUGUAAGACGUCUUUUAUCUCGUAAAUUUCAUGAAGCGUGUUUUGAAAUAAUCCAACUCUGCAUCAACGGUAAGCACUCGUGCUUCUUUUGGGAAUCCUCUAGUUUGAAUGAUGCAUUUUAUCCUGAUGUUAUUAAAAUGAAGUCUGUUGUUUUUAUACAUAGUACAAAAGGUUACACUCUACCAUGUGUCCUCUUGGUAACUUAAAAUAUAGUCAAAUAGGAAACAUUAAAUAGCAAUCAUAAGUAUCAUUUGAUGCUAUAUAUAGCUACUGUGUUAUCAUAUUAAAACUUAAAGGCAUGCUAUAUCAAGAACAAUUAUGUCUCUGAGAAGAAACGUAACAAAGUAACUUAAGCUAGUACGAACAAGUUAUUUCAAAGAGUCUCAAAAACAGUCUUCAGUUUCACUGUAAUUAAAAUGAUGUAAAAAUUUUCCUGUUUAGUUAUGAAGCUGUAACUACCUCAUCUUGUGAUAUCGUUUCGCCCGUACUUAUUUUCCUACUUUCCUGUUUGAGGACGGCCUACUUAAACGUGUUGUUGUUUUACUAUUUUAUCACAAUUUAUCACAUUUAACGGAUGUAGCUGAACCAUUUUAAAGAAAUGUGUCCUUGAGAAGUUGGUGAAACCGUUUGAGUCGAAUGAAACAUAUGCACAAGAUUCAGCAAUUUGCAUGCACGUUCUGAUAGCCAAAAUGCCCAUUUCAACUAUAAUCGUAUUUUGCGGUCACCGACUGGUCCAACAAAACCGUCAUUUUUUCGAAUUCAUUAAAUGGGGUAUAAUAUGCACAAGAUUUAGCAAUUUGCAUGCACGUUCUGAUAGCCAAGAUGCCCAUUUCAACUAUAAUCGUAUUUUGCGGUCACCGACUGGUCCAACAAAACCGUCAUUUUUUCGAAUUCAUCAAAUAGGGUAUAAUUAGUACUGAUUAAAUAUAAUCAGUAUUAGCAUGAAUACAGGAGCGGUGGUCUUGUGGUUAAGAUGUAGGCCGCUCAACUCGGGGGUCGUGGGUUGGGGUCCCACAGGGGUCACGACCAUGCCUUCUCAUAUGACACCAGUACUGUUUCUUGCCAGGAAUUGGACUCGAGACUGGUUCAGACCAGAUACUUUCAUCUUAAUCGAGCUAAAAUAAAUUAGUAUAAACUAAAUUAAACUAAUAUUGUGUCUAUAUAAAGUAAUGUUUGUAUUAUUUGAAAUUGUAUAACAUACAUGAUACAGUAGUAUAACAAAAUGUUUUGCGUUGCUAUGUAUUACGUUACGUUACGUCACACUACACAAUAUCACAUCACGUCAUAUUUUAUUUGUAUGAUAUGAAAUAAUUUUGAAAAACGAAAACAAUAAGAAUCGCUGGACUGGAUCCAUGUAAUGUCAAUUAAAAAAAAUGCACCAAAAUGUGUCAAAAUAUCGGAGCAGUUGCACACGCAUUUAAGGAGUAUAUUCUUCUCAAUUCAUGUUGAAAAAAAAAAUAUAAAUAUAUCUUGCACAGAAGUAAUAAGCUCCUUUGUUUGUGUGCUAAACGAUAAAAUGUCAACCAUUCUAAAUUACCAUACUGAUAGCUAAAUGGAGAACAAACUUAGAUCCAUCCCGUUAAAAUCAUUGCCAUGGAUAUAUAGAACAGGUUAUUGACCUAUGACAGUAUUCACGGCAUGGUUCCUGAUAACAAAACAGUCACCCUGAUACUUGUAUUCUUAUGCCUGAAGAGUAACGCCUGGAAAAGAAAAUUUGUAAUUGCAAAACAAUAUUCAAAUUGUCGCCAUGAGCACAGACGUGUAUGGUACAAUUUGGCAAGUUUUAUACAUUCUUAUUACGAUACCCAUCGUAGUUGGAAAUGGAUUAAUUAUCUUAAGUAUUAUCAGGUACAGAAAGCUGAGGACAAAGAUGCAUAUUUUGAUUGGGAAUCUUGCGGUGUCGGAUUUAAUCACCGGGGCUGUUCUUAUACCGUAUAGCCUUAGUACAGAUGGAAGGAUAUUGAAUUCAAAUAUGUACUUGUGUUUUGGAAAGCUUUCGCUGUUUGUUAUAAGUCUUGGAUCUUCUUGUUACAAUCUGAUGUUGAUUUCAUUUGAACGGUUCGUGUCGAUUACAUUUCCUUUGAAAUAUAUGCACCAGUUUACCACUACUCGGAUGGUCAUAUUGAUGUCGGUCGGAUGGGUGGUUACAUUAUUCAAUAGUACAUUACCAUUUUUCGGCUGGCAUGUAUACAAUGAGAACAACACGGAUUGUGUGAGCGACACCUUGUGGCCGCCAGGGUACAAAAUCAUGGUGAACUGGGAGCUUAUUUGUGCAAUGAUCUUCAACUUUGUAUUGUACGCAAUUGUGAUGAAAAUAGCGUUACGGAAGGCUCGGGACCGCAAUCAGAUCACCGGAGGGUUACGGCACACGGCAAAAGUGGACAAAGACGUUUAUCAGCUGGUGACAAUGGUAAUUGUUCUUGGGGUGUUUGCUCUGUGCUGGCUUCCAUACGUCAUAGUGGCCAUUGUCGUUACUUUCUAUGAGACGCCAUACACGCAAUAUAUUCGGAGAUGUACCCUCAUUCCAGGAUUACUGAAUUCGGCCGUUAACUGGCUUAUCUACGGGUAUAGAAACAGUGACUUUAGGAAGGCGUUCAAGACAUGUUUUAAAUGUCGACUAUUGUGCAAAGAAUCGGGUAAUUUAGCUGUAGAUACGUCAUAGUAGAAGACAGAUAUGAUGGGUUUAUCAAUGUGAGUUCAUCAGAACAACCUAAAUAUAUACGGCUAUAUACGCUCUGUAUUUUUCGUCAAGUGUAUAUAAUGAAUUGUUUCAUUAUGUUUCGCUAAUGCACAUGUAUAAAAUUAUUUGAGCAUUCAUUGUAAAAUGAUUUCUAUAAAAUGAGCCCCGUACAUUGACUCGGUGUUGUUAUUUUUCUGGUCCUUUUGGGAUCACAAUGUAAAUUCAGUUUUACUUUAAUAAAAUUCCGCCAAAGCCGAUGCUAAGGGGCGUGAGGGGUGUUACACUA